AUGUCGCUUGCCGACAUCCCCGGCAGCAAUUUCAGCCUCGCUGAUCGCUCCGUCCGUGACCGAUUCGCGGAGCGUACAAUAAUCGCUUGCUUAAUCGGCAUUGCCUGGUACAAUGCCUUGGAAUUGAUCGUGCUGUGCUUCAGCACCUUCAAAAGAUAUGGCGGGUGUUAUUUUUGGUGUCUCCUCAUCGCCUCCUUCAGUAUCAUCCCCUUCGGUCUCGGCUAUCUCCUCAUCAUCUUCGACAUAUACACCAGCAUGUUCCCUUUCGUGAUGGAACUAGUCGCUUGGGUUGGGAUGGUAACAGGCCAGUCCCUAGUCCUCUGGUCUCGAUUGCAUCUUGUCUGCCACAGCCGAGCCGUCCUCCGUGGCACCCUCGCCAUGAUCAUCGUCGACGCCAUCAUCCUACAUACCCCCGGCUUCGUCCUCGAGAUAGGCAGCCAUUCGAACAAAUCCUCCCUCUUCAUCCACGGGUUCAAUAUCUUCGAACGCAUCCAAUUGGUCGGAUUCUCCAUACAAGAAAUCAUACUCUCCGUCAUCUACUCCUGGGAGUCUGUGCGACUACUGAAUCUCCGCCCGAGGGGCGACUACCGAGGCACCCUGGUCCAACUCCUGAUCGUGAACGUGGCCAUGAUUCUGAUGGACGCCGCCAUUAUCGGGGUACAGUACUCGGGCUUCUUCGAUAUCCAUGUCACCCUCAAGGCAAUGGUCUACAGCGUCAAGCUCAAGCUGGAAUAUGCGAUCCUGGGAAAAUUGGUGCACAUCACCGAGAUGGGCAGCAGCUCGGCCGCGACCGACCUGUCGGAUUUCGUGGAUCUUUCUUUACAUCAUGCCCGCACACAGCCGGAUACAGAGAACCCAGAGUAUGGCCCCCGCGCUCGUGCGCGGGUGUCCUCCAAGGGCUCGUCCACUGACCCGCUAAGAAGGAAUUCCUCCGCUGCCCAGAGUCCGGGUUCGACUAACCCGGACUACCCCUGA